AGAGGAAGAGCGUUUGUGUAUGUGAUUCUCGGAGGAGGCGUGGCUGCUGGUUACGCGGCUCUUGAAUUCACCAAGAUUGGCGUCUCCCAUGGCGAGCUCUGCAUCAUCUCCGAAGAACCCGUAGCGCCCUAUGAGAGACCUGCACUGAGCAAAGGGUUUCUACUUCCAGAAGCUCCUUCACGCCUUCCCUCCUUUCAUACUUGUGUUGGUGCUAAUGAGGAAAGGUUAACUCCAAAAUGGUACAAAGAACACGGUAUUGAGUUAGUUCUUGGAACUCGAGUUAAGUCGGCUGAUAUCAGGCGUAAGACAUUAUUAACAGUAGCUGGAGAGACUAUAAGUUACAAGAUUCUCGUCAUUGCAACAGGUGCUCGGGCACUGAAGCUGGAAGAAUUUGGAGUGAAAGGAUCAAAUGCUGAAAAUGUUUGUUAUUUACGAAAUUUGGGUGAUGCAAGUAUGCUUGUUGACCUUAUGAAGUCUCGCCCUGGUGGAAAUGCAGUUGUAAUUGGAGGUGGCUAUAUAGGAAUGGAGUGUGCUGCAUCUUUGGUCAUCAAUAAAAUAAACGUGACAAUGGUUUUCCCAGAAGAACAUUGCAUGGCUCGUUUAUUUACACCCAAGAUAGCAAGUUACUACGAAAAUUUUUAUAAGUCCAAAGGAGUAAAGUUCAUCAAAGGAACUGUGUUGUCAUCAUUUGAAAUCGAUUCCAACGGGAAGGUCACAGCUGUUAUUCUUAGAGAUGGAAGUCGACUACCCGCCGACAUGGUUGUGGUUGGAAUAGGAAUCCGGCCAAACACAAGCCUCUUUGAAGGUCAACUAACAUUGGAGAAGGGUGGAAUCAAGGUGAAUGGGAAAAUGCAGUCAAGCAACAGCUCAGUAUAUGCAGUUGGAGACGUUGCCGCAUUUCCAGUCAAACUAUUUGGUGAAAUCCGUAGGCUUGAACACGUCGACUCAGCCAGAAAGUCUGCAAGACAUGCUGUGGCUGCGAUAAUGGAACCAAACAAAAUGGAUGAAUUUGACUAUCUACCGUUCUUCUACUCCAGAGUGUUCACCUUGUCCUGGCAGUUUUAUGGGGACAAUGUAGGAGAAGUAAUCCAUUUUGGUGAUUUCUCUGGAAGCACAUUCGGGGCUUAUUGGGUUAGCAAGGGCCAUCUUGUGGGGUCUUUUCUUGAAGGUGGAACCAAAGAUGAGUACGAAGCUAUAGCCAAGGCCACCAGGCUGAAGCCAGCCAUUGAAGACAUUGGUGAAUUGGAAAGGCUGGGUAUGGGAUUUGCAUUGGCAAUUAGUGAAAAACCGCCACAGCCAACAGUUAGCAAUAACGGCCGAGGAUCUGAUCUUGUUCUGGAGAAACCAAUCUAUGCUUGGCAUGCAACGGCCUGUGUUGCCCUGGCCGCAUCGAUAGCUGCGGUUGCAUAUUGGUAUGGAAGGAGGCGCAGAAGGUGGUGAAAAACUGCUUUAAUGGCCUUUAUGAUGUAGUUUGGCCGUGCCCACGUUGUAGCAUGAAUAGGACUUUGAGAGUUUGAGAUACUCAAACAUUAUUAUUUUGAUAAUUUAUAUUCGGAACAGAGGGCUAAAAGGAUAUAAGUGAAUAUACCAAUCAAUAUAUCUGCAUACCAUGUGUAGAGAGCUA